GUUGAAUAAAUUUACAAGACAAAAUCAUACUAGUCUGGUAGUAGUAACAUGUUCAGAGAUGGAGCAUUUAAAGUGCUAGGAAUAGAUUCUGGAGCGAACCAAAAUGAAAUCAAUAAAGCAUAUCAAAAUUUAAUGAAAUUAGUUCACCCAGAUAAAGGAGGCUCGGAAUAUUUUGCACAAAAAUUAAACGCAGCACGUGACAGGUUGCUGAAGAGGUAAUUAAUAUUGCUUUAAAGUUUUUAUUUGUGCGUAAAGGAUAAGUUGCUACAAUAAAAAAAUAAGAUAAAAGUAGCAAUGGACAUGUGUUCAGAAAGGUUUAAGUUAUGCAGGAAGAUAACAAAAAAGAAACAAUAAAAGAAGAAAAAGGCAUAUUAGGAUGGAUAGAAUAUAGAUUGCCUAUAUUUUCUUUUCUAAGACACACUGCUUCUUACCAAGUGCCAAAAAACUUAAAUUAUGCUUGGAACUUUGGCUCUUUGGCUGGUAUAGCGCUGAUUUUACAAAUAAUAACAGGUAUAUUUCUUGCUAUGCACUACACUCCGCAUGUUGAUUAUGCGUUUAAUAGUGUAGAGCGCAUAAUGCGAGAUGUGAAUUACGGGUGGUUAAUACGCUACACUCACGCUGUUGGAGCAUCGCUCUUCUUUAUGGUAGUCUAUGUUCAUAUAAUGCGUGGAUUAUAUUACGGAUCUUAUAAAAGACCGAGAGAGAUGGUGUGGUUUAUUGGAAUAUUUAUAUUUUUUGCAAUGAUGGCAACUGCCUUUAUGGGAUAUGUAUUGCCUUGGGGACAAAUGAGUUUCUGGGGUGCAACAGUUAUAACCAACUUAUUUUCUGCUAUACCUUUAAUUGGCAAUAAAAUAGUUAUAUGGUUAUGGGGUGGUUUUUCAGUGGAUAACCCAACCCUUAACCGUUUUUUCGCUCUGCAUUAUCUUCUGCCUUUUGUUAUUAUUGCUUUAGCUAUGCUUCAUGUGAUAGCUCUGCAUAGGUUUGGCUCGCAUAGCCAGAGUAACAACCCAGAACUUUAACUUCAAUAUUCCAACUAUGUGCUAAUCUUUCAAAAUCUCUUGAUAAAUGUGCCCAACAGAUUUGC